GAGAAACUGAGCGUGUGAGAGAGUGAGUGAGUGAGUAAGAGAGAGAGAGAGAGAGAGAGAGAGAGAGAGCUGUAAUGACUGUUACUACUCUCAGUGUAAAUCAGUUUCACGGCGCGCGCGCACACAGCUCUGUUGCCGGAGACCGUGAACUGGGAAUUUAACCCGGCCACCCGGUAUUCUGUCAGUGUGACAAUUCCAGCACCGUUAUUUCCUUUAGUCCGGUUGUUUUUAUUUGUUUUGAAUGAUGAUUAUACGGUAGUUGGAGCGCUUCCUGGAAGUUAGUUCUCCCGCGGAUAUAGUGUUUGUGGCACUUUUCUUUCGGCGGGGACAUGGAGCUGGUGGGUCGGCGCUUCCUGUGCGCGAGCGCCGGAGAGGAGCGCGAGCUGGGCGGCGUGGCGCGCUGGGGCUGGAGAGCCGGACUCAUCCGCGCUGUCACAAGCCGCCACACUGACAGCCCCACUUUAGCUGUGCGUGUGGAGUGGGACGGCGAGCCGUCAGCAGAGUGUAAAUGGAGGAGGCUGAGGGAGGAGUGGGAGGUGUUUGUGCUGGAGCACGAGUUGGUAUGGGCCAAGAGGAACAGCACCUCACAGGAGAACAGCUCUCCACAGCCUGCACUGGUUUUCCAGCCCCUGAUUGGACAGGAGCAUUUGGACGGUGUGACAGUGGUGGAGUUCCUGUCAGACAGAGAGCUGGAGUUCUACACAGAAAGAGAAGAGCUUCGUCCGUAUGAGGGGGAAGUGGAUGGCAGCAGCUCACUGCUCAAAGAAGAUCUUUCAAGCCAUGAACAUAUCCAGGCUUGGCUCAGACAUCGUCGACUCCAGCACAUUCUUCAGCUAGGACACAGCAGUGUGAAGGGCCUCAAGGUGAAGGUGUUCAGACCCAAUUCCAAACCUCAGUGGCUCCAUGGUAUCGUCAGCCAUCAUGAUCACAACAGCAGAACCAUGACUGUCCUAAGCGACCAGGCAGCAGAGCCUCUAAGUGUGGACCCAGCACUCAUGCAUGUGCUGGUUCUGGAUGACAGUAACCAGUUGUUAUUAGUGAAAGACAAUGCCGCAACAAAUUGUAAACCUCACACUAACAAGAUCAGCAGGAUCACCAUGAAUGCAGGAAACAGGUCAAAAAACACUACAGAACCAGAGCAGGUGUGUAGCUCGGGGCCAGUGCAGAGGAAACAGCCAGAGCUGUGCAGAGAGAACUCCAACUGCAGCCUGACAGAGGACGACACAGACAGGAUGAGGGAGGAGAACGGAGCUGAUGAAGCAAGAGCAGAUUUCUUAAAGAGUAGGAUCAACCAUAGUGAGAGGAAGAGGAGGAAAGCAGGGGACAAGGAGGAGCAGGAUGAAAAGGACAGUAGAAGUGCUGGGUUAAAAAGGCCGAAGGGUAACAGUGGAUCUGACCAUUCAGAGGGCAGUGAUUCGGAGGGCACCAUCAUGGAUACAAAAAGCCUACAGAGAAAAUGUUCAAAAAAGCCAGCUGACUGCAAGACAGGCAACAAUCCUGCAGCACAUUCAGGACAUGACCUGAAGGCACACUCAUCUCCCAAAAGCAUAGAACUUUCUUCUUGCCAGUUAGCAGAGAUUGAACGGCAGAAAGUAGGGAAAGUCAUACCUCUGCACACCAGCACACCCUGCAAUGGAGUGUACCAAACAGUCAAUUCACUACACUGCACCAUGGUUCUGGGCUGUAAUAAAGCAGAGAUGGAACAGGGAGCUGGAGUGAUGGAGAUGGAGGACCAGAGUGAAGGUACAUCACAAGAGGACUGUGAAGCUGUUUCUGCACUAUUAGCAUCCCAAGAGAAUGAGCAGCUGGUUUCCUUGGAGACAGCUUGUGUGUUAUUACACACGUCAUCACCGGCAUGCGAGGGGGUUGAGGGUGAACAGGAGAUUCCACCAGGUGAACCAGCGGUCAGAACAUCUGAUUUGACAUGUCCAGAGGUCAUUGCACCCAGUUGUGACUCAGCAGAUGCAACGGAAGUAAAGUCAAGUCAGUCUCCUGGAGCUACUAGUCCUAGACAUGAUGCUGCUCUUGCCUCAGAAAUUACCCACAAGACAACUGUAAGUCCUCGUUCCUCUCUUGAAGUGAUUUCCAAGCCACCAGAGGUCACAGAGGUUGCCAGGCUGAAGUGCAGUUCCUCUCCUCAAGCUGUCAAAACUGAAGAGAGCAGUUUGCCCUCAAAAGCCAAUACAGAUAAAGUUCUCAGUGGCUUUAAAAGCACACAUGAUUCCAAAGUGACCCCUACACCAACAUUUCAUCAGCAGAAUGCCCCCUCUCCUAGCACAACAGACACACAGGCUCAGUCAAGAACCCCUCCUCAAAAUGUUGCCCAUAAUCUUAAUCACACGCCUACCCCAAACAAACCAACUAAAAGCCCACUGAUCGUUGACAGAAAUGAGCCUUUCACUGUCUAUCGUGACCCAGCACUUGUGAGGAGAGAACUGGAGAGCCUCUCUACCUAUGUCCAACCCCCACACACCCCACCCAGCCUCCAUUCAAAACACCAUCUGAAGAGCUCAUCUCCCUCCUCCAGUUCCCCCAGCCUUACCUCCACCACCUCCCACACCAAGAUCAUGAGUCCCGCUGCACACCUCUCACCUCUUCCCCUCCCUUCCCAGUCUCCUUUGUGCUCAGCUCACCCCUCCAUACCCCACCCACACCUGCUUCCAUCUCUUCUGCCCGGUUUGCCCCCUUCCUCAGCACUGCUGGCUGGACAUGCUCGGCUGGGACCUCUGGGUCUCCCCCCACACCCAUUGACCCUGCAGGCAACACCAUCUCUCCUAGGUCAGGGCCCGGGAACAGCUUCCCUGGCACCAAUGGGCCUGUACCCAGUCCUCUGGCCCCCUUUUCCUAAUGGAGUGCAUAGCUAUGGUCUGGGAAUACCAGGGUCCAAGUGGGCACCCUCAGAGACUGCAGGCAUGUCUGAGGUUAGCCUGAGGAGGAACACACCAAGCCCUUGGGUCCCUCAGACCUCUUCUGUAACCAAUGCAGAAAGUCAGGGUUUGCGACCCCCUUUGCCUGUUCGGCCCUCAAGCACUGAACCCCAGAGACCAUCCAGGAGCUCCCAGCCCAGCACCCCUACCACUAAAAGCACAGAGGAACAAGAGAGGAAGGCAUUCACAGAGACACAAAGCUCCAUCCAUGUGCCACUGAAGGUAGAACAGGAGCGUGUGAGGGCAGUAGUGGGAAAGAAUGGACAUAUAUCCCACUCCACAGUCACAGAGUCACCUUCUGCUCACUCCAAACAGCCUCAGUUGGUGUAUGACCUCACAGGUGACCGCACCAGCUGCUACCAGGAGGAGAGUCGACGCAUACUGCAGGAGAGUAUUGAAGUGGCACCAUUCACAGCCAAACUUAGCUCAGACAGAGAACCCUAUCCUAAAUGCCCCACUCCUUCACUACAUUUCAAAGAGAGAGAGAAAGAGCGACAGCGUGAGAGAGAGAUGCACAUGUUCCGACAUAGCGUGCCUCCCAGGUUGCAAUCAGCACAGCCUUCACCGACACUUACUCAGAGUAGCUACUACACUCCAGCAGCUGGCAGCGUGGAGAACAAGGCUUCUGCCCGUAGAGCUCCUUCCAGCAAAGAGCUGUAUGAGAGACUGAGUUCCCCCAAUACUGCUGCCUCUGUCCUCUCUUCAAAUAGUACACAGAGCACAGUCAAGUGUAGACCUCCACCUCUUGUCAAACGGAGCACUGAGAGAGAGGAAGGACUCCUGGGCAAGAUUACAGAGCAGUUGAUCUCAAAAUCUAUCUCAUUGGACCCACAGGAUGUCAGUAGCAUGGAGAGAAAAUGCUCCUCUGCUUCUCUUAUUUCUGUCUCUUCUUCUUCCUCUUCUACUUCUCGUGUUGUACCCUCACUGCACAGGGCCCCCAUCUUCCACCCCCCAGCUUUACCCAUCAUAACAUCUAAAGAGGCAGGGCAAAGUAGAUUGUCACCACCUACCUUGUCACCCGUCCAGCCAAUGAGCUUAUCCGGAAAGGGUCAGAAUCAACACAGGCCACCCACACUGAUGCCGGAGCUCAGGCAUGGAGCAGUCGCUGGAAAGAAGGCAGCUCCUGAGCCUAUUUCCAUCACAAACAAAGGUUAUGAUUUGCAGAGGGGUGGAGGUUUGCACAACCGAGAAAGAGUGGUAGGAGGUCACACAACCAAUGGAGGACUGGUGAAUACACAGGCUGCCACUGCUUCUGUUAUUGUUCGUUCUUCUGGCUACAUGCACACACCUGUGAACCACACUAUUACUGAAAGAUUGCAUUCCCAAGUUCAGUGUGACCAUGUGCGAACAUUUGAGGCUUUGCCAAGCACACACUCGAAGGAUGGAAAUGGUCAGUGUAAGAGGGGCAUCUUAUGGACCCCUGUGGACACUGUACACCCUGUAAACAUGGUCGCUUUGAAACAGGACAUUAACACACCUUUGAACAUGACUAAGAAUAUGAGUACACAUUUUUCAAAUCGUGGGGUAAAAUAUUCUGUAAAUAUACAGUCACCACAUUCAAGAAUAGACUUGGUAUCUGAGCAAUGUGAAAAGGAGAAGGAGGAAAUUAGUAGGGUUGUUCAGCCAAAGGUGAAUCUCUCCUGUUACCCCCCUAGAGACAUCCCCCAUGUAAAGAAACGCAGAGCUGGACUAGCUGCUUUAGAGCUUAGGCAAAAUAUGCAUGCAGUCCAGCCCCUGCACACUACAGAGACUUUGAACGCUACCAAGAAUAGACACAGUUGCACUACACACAGUACGCAUACCAAAUGCACUGCACACACUCUGGACCAAGAUAAAGAGUCAAUAUUCAAUCCUAGCCCACCCAAAUAUCCCAGGUUAGCCCCUGAGGUCACUGGGGUUGUAGCUAACAAACUAGGCUCAGUGGCAAAAGUUCAGCCACUGUCACCUUCAGCCCCUACUAACCAACCUGCCCAGUCGAAUAAUUACCACAAACUGAAAAAAGCUUGGCUUACCCGCCACUCUGAGCAGGACAGAGGUAGUGCCACAUCAGAGACAGCAGGGGGCAGUACCACACUAACCACCACAACCACCGUCUGUCUGCCAAUCAAACAGGAGUUGAAUGGACUGGAGGAUAAAUGGUCCACACAUGAGGGCAAAGAACUUUUUCUGGAUAAUAGAAAAUCUAAAGCUCUAGACAGGAAAUGCCUAGUUGAAGACAGGAAGCCUAAUGGAAGCAAUGCUAUGUCUAACACAGAGGAUAAAAAAAUGUCUCUCACUGGGGAUAAUAAAAUUACUUUCGAAGAUGUGAAGCCCACCAUAGAUAGAAAUAGCGGCUUACAGGGAAAGAAGCCUAACAUUCAGAAUAAGAAACUAUGCAUCAAUAUAAGGAAGCCAAACCCAGCAGACAUAAAGGUAGAGAAGGAUAAUCAUGGAGAGAAACGGAUCUUUCAGUCCAGCUUCGAAAGUGAGAGUGGAGGGGACUCGGGCAGUGAAAGUGAAUGUCAUAAAUCUCACCCGGCAAGCAUACAUCGGUCCAAACCUGCAUUCAAAAAGAAGCAGAACGAUCAGAGAAGGAGAGAGGAUGAAGAGGAAGAGGGAGAAGAGGAUGAGGGGAAACUUAAUGGCGUAAUCCAGACUUCCAAAGAGAAAUCGCAGCACAGGUUGCCUAGCAAUGGUAUACCUCGUUCAGUGCUAAAGGACUGGAGGAAGGUAAGGAAGCUGAAGCAGAGCGGUGAGGCUUUCUUGCAGGAUGACUCAUGUGCAGAGAUUGGAGCAAAUGUGCAGAAAUGCCGGGAAUGCCGAUUGGACCGAUCACGCAAGGCCCAGGAGCCGGUCAUUUCACCUGUCUUCUGUCGCUUCUACUACUUCCGCAGGCUGUCAUUCAGCAAGAACGGAGUAGUGCGUGUGGACGGCUUCUCUGUUGUAGAGGACACUGAUGAAGAGGCAGUACGGGUGUGGGUGGCGGGUUUUGAGGCUGAACAGGACCACAAGCAAAAGGAGAUGGAGCUGGACACAGCUAAAUACAUUCUCACACUCAUAGGAGACAAGUUUUGCCAACUUGUUAAGACAGAAAACACUGCUGUCACAUGGGUCAAGAAAGAAACCCAGGUGAUGUGGAAGCGAGCGGUGAGAGGUGUGAGAGAGAUGUGUGAUGCAUGUGAGGCCACUCUGUUUAAUAUACAUUGGGCCUGUCACAAAUGUGGCUUUGUGGUGUGCAUGGACUGCUACAAAGCCCGUGAGAGGAAGAGUGCCAAAGAUAAAGAGCUGUAUGCCUGGGUCAGAUGUGUGAAAAACCAGCCCCAUGACCUGAAGAACCUUAUGCCUACUCAGAUAGUCCCAGAGAGGGUGUUAGCAGAUCUGCAGAGCACAAUGCACUCUAUAAGGAGAGAAUACGGCAUUCCCUCUCAGUGCUCUUGCUUUGGCAGCAGCGCCUUCCUCUCCAGAUCCACCAUCACCAACGGCCUCUUACAGCUUUCUGAGAGAACACAGUGCGACUUGAAAAGCCAGCAGCAAAAUCAGCAGAAGACCACACAAAACACUGCUCACAAGAUCUCCACAGAGAGAAGAGGAAAAUUGGAGUGUGAUGAUAUGGAGACUUUGGGCAGGAAGUCAAGCGGCCCAGAGCAGGGCUCCACUUUGCGUGACCUCCUGACAUCCACAGCUGGAAAACUGCGGCUGGGGUCCACUGGGCCUGGAAUAGUCUUUGCACCGGUUUAUAACAGCAUUGAUCAGACUGCUCAGAAAGCUCGCAUGCCCAACCUUCUGGAUGACAUUAUUGCCUCAGUAGUCGAGAACAAAAUUCCUGCCUCAAAGAUGACCAAACUUGGGUUGAAUCAGGAUUUGCUGACAGAGCAGAAGGAAGAGCUGGUGCUGGAGGAGGUCAAGCCUAUUCGAAUCCCACUGGCUGACCCACAUACCGGUGUUCCACAUGAUUGGAUAGGCAGACACCGGUUGCUUUGGCUUAAAGAUCACCAUCACCAAGGGAACCAAAGGUUGUUCAAAGAAAACUGGACACAAGAGCAGCCGGUGCUGGUCUCUGGCCUGCACAAGAGUCUGAAUGUCAGUUUGUGGAAGCCAGAGAACUUUAACAGAGAAUUCUCAGCUCUCCACAGUGAUUUCUACAACUGCCGUGAUGGGAGCAUCAUUAACACCUGUGUCAAGGAAUUCUGGGAUGGAUUUGAGGAUGUUUCAAGGAGAAGUAAAUCUGCUAAAGGUGACCCUGCCGUAUACAGACUAAAGGACUGGCCAUCAGGGGAAGAGUUUCUGGCACUCAUGCCAUCCAGGUAUGAAGAUGUUAUGAGAGUGUUGCCAGUUCCAGAAUACACUGGACCAGAUGGCACCCUCAACCUGGCCUCCCGCCUUCCACCAUUCUUCAUUCGGCCAGACCUAGGUCCUCGCCUCUGCUGUGCACAUGGUGUGACAGCAUGCCCAGAGCAGGACUUUGGAACCAGCAAUCUUCAUGUUGAGAUCUCAGACACUAUGAGUAUUCUGGUCUACGUGGGUGUAGCCAAGGGCAAUGGAGCUCUCUCCAAGUCAGGGGUUUUGAAGCUCUUAGAGAGAGAGGAUCUGGAUGAGAGUGCAAAGCAGAGGCUAAGAGAUCCCAGUGAAACUCCAGGUGCACUGUGGCACAUCUACCUGAGUAAAGAUCUCCAUAAAAUCCAAGAAUUCCUUCAAACGGUAGCAAUAGAGCGUGCUGAGGCAGAUGCUGAGGCUGACUCUGAGGCUGAAUGGGAGAGUGAGGCAGACCCUCUGCGUGAGGGAUGCUGGUAUCUAAGCCCGAAGCUGCGGCAGAGACUGCUGGAGGAACACGGUGUGGAGAGUCGCACACUGCUGCAGUUCUACGGAGACACUGUGAUUAUUCCUGCCGGAGCCCUGCACCAGGUGAUGAAUGUGCACAGUUGCAUUCAGGUGAAUGUGGACUUUGUGUCCCCUGAACAUGCCCACAACUCAUAUUACCUGACGCAGGAGCUCCGUCCCCUCAAAGACCAAGUUAAUUAUGAGGACAAGUUACAGGUAAAGAACAUCUUUUACCACUCGGUGAAGGACGCCGUGGCUGCUCUGAGCCGGUACUUGAAAGAGCAGAGCACAGAAGAGGUGAAGGAGGAAGAAUGCUGACGGCAUCCGUGCUCACUCUGUGAGCAUGGUCCCAGGUGCAGACAAUUCUCCAGUUCCUUCAGGAGCAAAACACUGCUCUGAGAACCAAUUCUGGAGUCGCACAUUUCACCCCAACGACCAUAAACACUAUUUUGCUUCCAUGCAAGAACCCAUCACUUCCUUCAUGAUGUCACCAUAUUCUGUUUGAUUAUUGUUGAUAUCUUCUCCAGAGCUCAGCCCCACCCCGGUAUCUUCCUGCUUGGCCAGGAAGUGAGGUGAGAGGCUGAGGCAUGUCUGAACAGUGGAAUAGAGGAAGUGUAUCUCUCUCUCUCUAUCUCUCUCUCCUGAGCAGGCAGCUGCAAAGUUGCUGAGAAGGAAGAGAGGUGAACUGCUAAGCACAGCACUUUCAAGCUCUCACAUGCUGUAGGCUGUGGAUAACCCAUGCAAAAGAACAACCACAAAGGCAUUUUUCUUCAGAAGAAUGAUGCUCUGAGGCAUAUCCUUAAUCAGUAGUUAUCGUGCUGCUAACUGUUAGCUACACUGUCUGCUGAGGUUCCGACCAGCGGGAGGGGAGAGCAGCUAGGCUAACACAACCAUAGCAGCAUUCCUUUACACGUCUGCCAACGCCAAGCUUUUAUUGUUUGUUUAAAGGUGAUAUUAAAUUAUUAACAGUUUGGCUGGUAUUCACUGUGCAGAAGGAGAAUAUAAAGGAAUUUACAGUAUAUGAUGUGUUUGUUUAAAAAAAAAAAAAAGGUUCUUGUGAAAUUUUCAGCUGAGAUAUGAUAUGUAAAUAGCAGAAUAUACAUAUAUAUAUAUAUAUAUAUAUAUAUAAUAUAUUAAUUAUGAUUUUUCUAUAACAUGGUGUGCUUUAUUUGCUGUAUGUGUUGUUUGCUACUGUAUGUACAUUGAAGCUACAGAGAUGUUUUACAUUUUCCAUUAAAAAUGGAAUCAAUCAAGAACAGGUAUUUUGUGGCAAUUUUGUGUGUAAAACAAUACCUCAGUACACAUCAAACUCGGCACACAUUUUCAAAUAAUAUUUAUUUUUGACAGAAUUUUAAUUUCAGCGAACUGAAACCUUAACAUUUUCAGAAUGAAGACAAUGAGGUUUUCAUUAUUUUUUCAAUGUAAAUAUGCAUUUUCACCAGGUCACCAUUUAAAGUGCUGCUAAUUUAUUGAAGGCCCUGUAUGUGUUUAGUACCAGCGGGGUCUGGAAACCCCCCGGAUUUUGUGAAGCAAAGCCAGGGGAUUCACACUUAUUAACCCAUAAAUAGCACUGAAGUCUGUAGUUACAUCUGGGUAUCAAUUUCCUUAUUUAACUCUGUGUGCUUAACUCUAAAUACAGUACAUAGAUCUCAUUGUUCAUACGUUCUUUCUGACUGGGUUGAAUUCAAACCCUGUGUAAACGUAUAGUGAAUGUCAACUUCAAACUAAUGACAGUUUAUUUUGUAGAAAAAUGUAUUGUCAUGAUGAAUUGUAUUCAUAUCAAGGACUAGGUUUCCAAAUACUCACAACAUUAUGUAACUGUGCCACGGCUACUUUAAUACCCUCCUGGAGGUUAGUUGUAGGAAAGACUAGAAACCCUGAGCAGGUCAGUAUAGCAUAGCAGGAUGCUCAGGUAAAUUGACAAAAUGUCCAACUUUAGGCUUGUUUUCCUCCACCAGUCCCAAUGUUCCUGAGAUUGAAAGUGCCUGUGUUGUGGUCGUCUAUCUUCUGUCUUUACAGAGAUGUUUGUGAGCCUGUGGACCGCGCUAAGGGACUCCUUAAAGACAUUUAGACGUGUUAACUUUGUGAUAACAAUCUUGCGAGUGUUAGACGUUUCCAGGUCUUCACCCUUUUCCAGGCUUCUGAUUAAACAUUGUUGGUGAAUAUGUGUGCCUCUGGAGCUCCAGAGCUUAUUUAUUAUUUCAGUCAGAGAGCAAUAGAUUAUACAUGCAUUCAGGAGCGACUUUUUUUUCUUUUCUUUUUUUUUUUAAACACUGAUCAGGCAAAACCCAGCUGAUGUGCAAGCCUACAAUUACCUUCAAAUUGAAUGUGUAUGUGACUUGAAUGCUGCUUCUUAGUGCUCACUGAGUAUUAAAAAGAGCGAAAAUGCAUUUGUUUGUCGACUGACUGAGUGAUUAAUUGAGUAUGAAUGAAAUAAUGAUUAAUAAUGCUUUAUAUGGUCAUGGCUCCUCAACAGCACUAAAUAGCUUGGAGUGCUCCAUUACAUAAUUGGUGUUACACCAUCUAUAAUCCACCAAGUGUCCUCCCAGUUCAUUUUCUGUCCUUAAUGAGGCUCCGUACGGGAGAUCUGAAUAAGCACAAUAACAAAGGUACUGGGGGAAAUAAUGACUUUCAUUUCGGUCAUUCUCAUUUGGAAUCAUUUGGAUUGAUGUUACCAAGUUGUUUUUAUUUUUCGUAUACUAUGUAAUUAGUCCUCAAUAUAUACUGUAUGUAUGAUACAAAUCAAUAAUAAAGGUAGCUCAGU